AUGGCAGAAGAAAAUCAGAGCACUGUGAUUGAAUUUAUCCUUACCGGAUUCCCUGGACUUCAUUCGAAGUACCAAGGCAUUGCCUCAGCUGUACUGUUCUUAGUUUAUUCCUUAAAUAUGAUAGGCAAUGCAACAAUAUUUUUUUUAUUUGCAACUGACCGCAGCCUUCAUAAACCAAUGUAUCAUAUCAUUCUAAAUCUGAGUGCAUGUGACAUUCUCUUUAGCACAACCACUUUACCUAAGAUCAUCAGUAAGUACUGGUUUCAAUCAGGGACCAUUUCAUUCACUGCUUGCUUUGUCCAAAUGUACUUUGUUCACUAUCUUGGCUCAGUGAAUUCCUAUAUUCUCUUCCUUAUGGCUUUAGAUAGGUAUCUGGCUAUUUUCCAUCCUCUCAGAUAUCCACUUGUUCUUAAAAACUCCACUAUCUGCAUUAUCAGUAUUACUGCAUGGGUUAUUGCCAAUGCAGCCCCUUUAAUGUUAGUUAUUAGGGCCUACCCUCUUCCUUACUGUGCCUCAAACAUAAUCAAUCACUGCUACUGUGAUCAUAUUGGUAUAACAGUGCUAGCACGCACUGACAGGGCCCCUUAUGGCUUUCCUGCUUUUGUGUUUGCAAUGGUUGUACUACUGGGGCCUCUGGCAUAUAUUUUUUCAUAUUGUUCUAUAAUCAUAGCAGUACUUAAGAUAGCAAUGGCUAUCACGCUGUAUAGCCAUUGCCCCUGCAUGAUAAAUCCACUUAUAUGCUGCUUAAGAGCUUAAGACAUGAGAGAAAGCUUGAGGAAGUACUUCAAUAAAAGGACCAUUCCACAAAAAGAACAGGUCUCAGCUAUUUGUAACUGA